GAACAACAAAAACAUACCAUCAAAAAACAGUAAACCAAAGCAGCCUCAGGAAACAUGCCUAAAAGAGCAGGGUUUGGGGAUGUGGAACUAAGGAUAUUGGUUAUCGGGAGCAGUGGGACAUCCCAGUUCCUUCUCACCAACUUCAUUUUGGGAAGGGAGCAGUUCUCUGGGGAUGUUUAUGGCAUUACAUACAGCCAGAAAAAUGUGGGAGAGUUUGUAGGAAGACGGGUUGCAGUAAUCAACGGACCGAACAUGUACAACAAAGACCUGUCCAAGUCCAAAAUGAGGAAAGAGCUGAGAAGAUCAAUGUGUUUGUCGUCUCCCGGACCUCAUGCAGUACUCAUCGCAUUCGACCUGGAGAAGAUCUGCCCUAAUGACAUGAAGACUCCCAAGCUGGUUACGAAUAAAUUUGGAGAGAAUGUUCUAAAUUACACAAUGGUCCUCUUGGUUUACGAUGGGCAUCUUAGAGGCAGAGCGCUUAACGACAAGGUCACGCGAACCGACUGGCACCUGCGGGAGCUUGUGGAGCAGUGCAACGGCCGCUAUCAUGUCUUCAGUAAGAACUGGAGGAACCACGCCGGGAACAGGGAGCUCCUACAUAAGAUCGAGCGGAUGCUGCAGGCAGUGGGUGGACAACAUUACAUUAACCGAUCUUACAAGAGGGCAGAGGACAGCAUAAGAACCGAGGAGAGAAAGCUACGCAAGAAGAGAAACUCUGAGAUCAAGAGGACGUGCCAGGAACUGGAGGAGCAGUUUCGGGGGGAUGAGCUGCGCUGGCAGAUGGACAACUACAAUGCAAGUGUCGGGGCAGAAAUCAGGGACAAGGCCGAGCUGCAGAAUAGCCGGCUCAGGACUACACUGGCUGUGGGACUAGGACUGGGGUUUGUAGCUGGAGCAGCCAUGGGAAUGAUCGUGGGCUCUGUGGAAGGGCCGGCAGGAAUGGUAGUGGGAGGGGCAGUGGGAGGGGUUGUGGGCGGGGCAUCGGGUGCCGCUGCACAGCUGGCCAUUCAACACUUGGAUGACAGAGUGGGAUCACAAACAGCCAACUUUAAUGCAGCUUUUAUUAACCGCUUCUUUCGGGCACCUCCGGUCUGA